AGGGGGCAAAAUAGUCACCGGCUGAGAAGUAGCAACAUGGCAUCUCACUUGGACACAACACUUUGGGGUCAUGCUUUUAGAGUAAAAUAAUCAAGCAGAAUUACUGUUAUUUUUUUCGACGUGAUUAUUUUCCUGUAACAGCAUGUCACAAAGUGUUUUAUUCUUCUCGAGCCGAAACAGUUUGCCAAAAAUUACAACUUUUAUUAUUAAAGAAUGGCCUGUAGUACAUUUUCUCUGUUUAUAGCUACAUUGAAUGUUGUAGGAUGUCUGCAAAACGGGUCACUUGGAAGGUCACUUCAACGUUUGGAAAGGCGACUGUCCAGAAGCGUGUUUAAAAACAAGAGCUUGUAGUGCGCUGCAGUUUAAAGAACUAAAGUUUGUGUUAGUAAAGUGUGUCAGAUGAGUGAGCCACAAUCGAUAGAUUAAAUUUUUUUUAGUUUUUGGAUUAAAAUGAGAACUUAUGAAGAGUUUAAAGCACUUGAAAUAUUGUGUUGUGUCUGUGUAAGUGAUUAUCAGGACAUGCUUGGAUGUGGAGGAUCAGGUUUGAGGUUCACCGCUUGUAAUGGAAAGUAAGUGUGUGUGUGUGUGUGUGUGUGUGGGGUCUUAGCAUCCAGUCAAGGGUUCCCCAGUUCAAAGAUGGCUGCUACUGUGUGUGUGUGUGUGUGUGUGUGUAAGUGGAGCUGGGAACCUGAGCUUGUCUGUGUUUUAUUGAUAUGCUGAAACCUGAUCAGGAGCUGAUGGAGGGGGAAGAGACCCUGCUGCAGCCAACGAGUGUGUUCAUACACUCUCUCUAAAAGUGUGCUGUUUAUGUAAAAUGCUCUUCCAGCAGUAUGAGGAUGAAUAUUCAGAAUAUUGUAAUUACCCCUGGGGUGUGUUUAGGGAGAGGUGUGUUUAGGGAGAGGUGUUUGAUGAGGUAGCUGGUGAUAAAGCCCAACAAACAUCAGCACAAAGUCUUUUAAUUCCUGAUUAAGGAAAUAGAGAGAGAGUGAGAGAUUUAUUAUUAUUAUUAUUAUUAUUAAUGAUAUUUAUUGUUAUUGAUGGAUUUACAUUAAGGACUAACUUUUAUUUGCCCUUAAUAUUUAGCAGUAUGUCCCACUGUCUCAGGAAGAAGUGACCGACUCUGAUCUCUAUAAAAUGACCCACAUAUCACAUUCUACAAUCGUGAGUUUAAUGAGGGAAAAAAGUUUAAUUUUCCCUUCAAAUAUAAUGUCCAUGUUUCUCUAGUUUAGUCAUGUGAUUCACUCCCGCUGGUUUAGAGGUGUACUGAUAACUAAAUUAACUAAAAAAACAACAAAAAAUAGCAACCUUUUAUUGUCAUUUAGAACUUUUUUUGUGGUCAGCUUCCGGUUUGAUCCAGACCACGCCCUCUUAUGUGACGUCACGUUAAUCAUGAAUCAUUUCAAUAUCAUGAGCGCAGUACAGUAAAUUGUCGUCAUUAAACAAUUACCAAAACCUUAAUUAGUCCAUUAAAUGUGCUCCUUAGAAUAAAGUGUUAACAAAAAUCUAAACAUCACCACCGGACACUGAAUGGACAUUUGGUACAAUGUAGAGUGACUUGUACAGCCGGACAGAAGGAAAAUGGGUCACUCUAAAACAAACCCGCGGGUUAAGUGGGACCUCAUGGUUUCUUAUGCAACGGAGCUCCGGUCUAAACGAGCCUUUACAGAGAGCGUGUAAAGACUCCGGUAACCGGAGACGCGCGCGCACGCGCCCUGUCAAUAAAUGGAGCGGCUGGAAAAGCAGCACCACUAUUGUCAGCACGAGCGCGCGCACCAACGGCUCACGUGCGCCUCUGCUUCUCGUGAUGGAUAAACGAACGGGCUGAGAAAGUGUAACGGCUCACACACACACACACACACACACACACACACACCUGAGCUUCCUCAGAGGUGGGACUGUACGGUCUUUUAUCCCCUGCAGCAUGUCACCGAAGUGGAAAACCUCCCCUCAGUUAUGAGUGUCCCAGCCGAGCGCUGAAGUGUGACACACCAGCAGAUGGCAGCUACACUGAGUUUCCUCCGUGCCCAGGUGGACGCUGACCUGCAGUCCAUGCAGGUGGGCUCAGUGAUGCGGAAGGUGAAGUCACGCUCCUGGAAGAAGCAACGCUAUUUCCGCCUGCAGGACGACUUCGCCACCAUCUGGUACAAGAGCAAAAAGGCGGGCAAUGCCCAGUCCACGUGUAAGCUCAGCUGGCCGGGGAAAAACUCCUUCAUCUCCAUCAGUGAUGUAGAGACUGUGCGAGAGGGUCACCAGUCUGAAGUUCUGCUCAGCAUUGCCGAUGAGUUUCCGCCUGACCGCUGCUUCACGCUGGUUUUUCGUGGUCGCCGUGGCAACCUGGACCUGGUCGCCGAGUCAGCAGAGGAGGCACAGUCGUGGGUGAAUGGAGUGCGCAAACUCAUCAAGAACCUGGAGAACAUGGACCAGAGGGAGAAGCUGGACCAGUGGAUCUGUGACUGGUUCAAGAAGGCGGAUAAGAACGGAGACGGUAGGAUGAACUUUAAGGAGGUCAGAGACUUGCUGAAGAUGAUGAACAUGGACAUGAACGAGCACCACGCGCUGCGCCUCUUUACGAUGGCGGAUAAAUCGGAGUCGGGCACUCUGGAAGACGAUGAGUUUGUGUUGUUCUAUAAAAUGCUGACCCAGAGGGAGGAAGUCCUCGCCAUCUUCCGGGAUUUCUCCACAGACGGUCAGACGCUCUCAGUGCGAGAACUGGAAAAGUUCCUGCAGGAGGGACAGCUGGAGCAGGACGACACACAGCAGCACGCCUUCGAGCUCAUCCAGCGCUACGAGCCUUCUGAAGCAGCUAAGCAGCGGCAGGCCAUGACGAUCGACGGCUUGCUGAUGUAUCUCGUCUCGUCCGAAGGCUCGAUUUUUAACCCAGCCAUGCAGCAGCUCUACCAGGACAUGAGCCAGCCUCUGUGCCAUUACUUCAUCUCCUCCUCCCACAACACCUACCUGCUGGAGGACCAGCUACGGGGACACAGCAGUGUCGAGGGAUACAUCAGGGCUCUGAAGCGUGGCUGUCGCUGUGUAGAAGUGGAUUGCUGGGAUGGUCAGAAUGGAGAACCAAUUGUUUAUCACGGACACACUCUGACCUCCAAGAUUCUCUUCAAAGAUGUCGUCACUGUCUUAGGCAACUACGCCUUUGUAGCAUCUGAGUACCCAGUGAUCCUGUCCAUAGAGAACCACUGCAGUGUGGAGCAGCAGAGAGUCAUGGCUCGUCAUCUCACACACAUCCUGGGAGAGAAACUGCUUAGGAACACCCUGCGGGGCAAAGCCAGCUGUGAUCCACCCUCACCUGAGGACCUGAGGGGGAAGAUCCUGCUGAAGGGGAAGAAGAUUGGAGGUCUGGAAGGGAACCUGAGCGGUGUUGUGGAAGACUCUCUCGGGGCAGAGGUGAGCGAUGAAGACGAGCCUGUGGAAAUUGAAGAAGAGAAUCAUCACAACGACAGCAUGCGCCGCAAAACCAAGAAAUCAGGACAGCAUUUGUCUAAAGAGCUGUCGGACUGUGUGGUGUACUGCAGGAGUGUGCGCUUCAACGGCUUCAAACAUUCACGCGUCUACUCCAGGUUCUACGACGUGUCGUCCUUCACCGAGUCCAAAGCCAGGAAACACAUAAAGGAAGGAGGAGCGGAGUUUGUGCUUCAUAACGCCCGCCAGCUGACCCGGAUUUACCCCAGUGGCCUGAGGACCGACUCCUCCAACUUUAACCCACAGGAGAUGUGGAACGCAGGGUGCCAAAUCGUGGCUCUGAAUUUCCAGACGGCCGGCGUAGAGAUGGACCUGAACGAUGGUCUCUUCAGUCAGAAUGCACGUUGUGGUUAUGUGCUCAAGCCUCCGUUCAUGCGACACACAGAGCACCGGUUCGACCCAGAACACCCACAGAACCGAGACGGGUACACACCUCUCACUCUCACUGUACAGGUGAUCAGUGGUCAGCAGCUGCCCAAGGUGAACAUGAAGGAAGGCUCCAUCAUUGACCCGUUGGUGCGAGUGGAGAUUCAUGGAGCCUCUCAGGAUCAGGCCAAACAGGAGACACAUCACAUUGAAAACAACGGUUUUAACCCCGUGUGGAACGACACGCUGCACUUCACUGUUCAUGUUCCUGAGCUGGCUCUGGUGCGCUUCGUGGUGGAGGAUUACGACAAAACAUCAAAGAACGACUUUGUAGGACAGUACACACUGCCUUUCUCCUCUAUACAACAAGGAUAUCGUCACAUUCACCUCCUGUCCAAGGACGGCACCAGCAUCCCUCCAUCCUCACUGUUCGUUCACAUCAGGAUUAAAGACGCAACCUAACACCUGCUCAGAGCAGAAACACUGUCUCAGGAGGACACACACACACUCACACACACUCCAAGUCUUCCGGUUCAUCCUUCAGUUCUCAUUGUUACACACACACUGAACUGUAACUGCAGCAGGUGCUUUAUAAUGUUUUUGGUUAAAACUAUAUGUUCAUGUAUAGCUGUAGGUUCUGUAUAUAUGAGUUAUAACAGAGCGCCAAAACUUUUUACAUUUUUAUCCAUGACCAUGACUGUGACCAUUGUGAGGAACACCAUCAUCAUACAUGAACGACACAGUGACUCCUGACCGUGACUGGACAUACUGGACACACCUUCUGUAUCCCUCAUACUGCACUAAUAUUAGUGUUAAUAAUAAUGAAUCAUCAUAAAGUCCCAAAUAUUUUAUUUUCCUGCAGUGUUGUACACUUGAGUAUUAAUAAGAUACGUGCUAAUAUUAAAUUCUACAUGAUACUGUGGAAUUAAAAAGAUUUUAGUCCUGACUCGGUGGCGGUUUUUUGCCCCAGGUAUAAAAGGCUGUCCUGUUUUUGACACAUCUGGAUGAAAUGUAAUUGACGAUGAUGUUCAUGAUAGAUUUCGAUCAUAAACAGAUGAUAUCAGAACUUUAGUACUAUUGUAGGAAUGUUUCUGCUCUGGGUUUAUAUCCUCACACUGCUGCUGAUUAAUAGUAUUAUUUUUAUACACUGUGCUGUUAUCGUGGUUUAUUAUAAAGAACCCGUAUAAAGGAAUCCUACAUCUGCUGAUCAUGUGACCACUGCCACACAGCUGGGAAUAAAGAGCUUUUUAAAUACGUCUCUGUGAUCUGAACUUUUAUGUGAUGAU